ACUUUUUUCCUUUAAUAUCACGAGACUAAAAAGUUGUACUUUUACAAGAAUAAAAUUGUAAUAUUAUGAGAAAAGGUCUACAGUUUUGAGAAAAGUUGCAACAGUACGAGAAAAAGAAAAAAGUGACAAGUGACAAGUCAGGCAAACGAGAAAGAGGAUCGUUAUCUUACACUCUGCCGCCCUCUCGUGGCCACCUCGGGAACUGUCCGACGUUCCACAUCGAGUCAAGUUGAUUUGAUUAAAAAAAGAAAAGAAAGAAAGAAAGAAAAAAGAAAAAGUGCUGCACAGAGAGACAGAGGAGUGGAGGACGAGGCUCUCGGCGUCAGAUCUCAACUCGGGAGCCCCCCCGGUCGGUGCUCAUGCGCGUGCAGUCUUAAGAACGAGGAGAAGGGCGAGCCCCCCAGCGACACGAGCCCACAGGGGGAAGCGAGACGCCGGGCCACGCGUGUUCAUUAAGCAGCCAUGGCCGAGGGCCAGGGGGGGCUCGAGUGCGGCGUGUGAUGAUCGACAGCGGCGGCGGCGGCGGAGGCGGAGGCGGAGGCUGCGGCGGCGGAGGCUGCGGCGGCGGCGACUGAGUCAGCAUGCAUCGGAUCGCCCCGCGGCGGCGCAAGCUCCGGGCGCUGUGGGCUUCGCUGGCGCUGCUGGCUCUGUCCGUGGCCGCCUGCAGCGCCCUCUUCACGGCGUGGACCUGGCGCCAGACGCGGGACCUGUCCCAGUCCUUCCACAUUCUCCAGGAGCGCCUCGAGCAGGUCAACACGCAGAGGAAGGCCAUUGUGCAGCUCAUUCUGGAGAAGAGAGAGCUGCUCGUCGGCCAGCGAGUGAAGCGAGACGGGGGGACGCUGCGCGGGAAGCACGGAAACGGCAAGAAAGCGGCGUCUCAUUUCGAGAUCACUAAAGUCUCCUCUCAGCAAGUGGGAGAAGGAGGCGUGAUCAAGGGCUGGGAGGAGCGCGUGCUGAACAUGAGCAAAGCGGUGAGCUACAACAAGGAGGAAGGCACCUUCAUCGUGGAGAAGCCGGGCGUCUACUUCCUCUUUUGUCAGGUCCUGUUCAACGAGCAGGAGUCCCAGUACGUCAAGCUGGACGUGGUGACGGGCGGCCAGAGGCCUCAGAAGCUGCAGUGCAUGGAGGGCUACGGGACCACCCCGUCGGCCGGGCCGCACCCGUCGCACUUCCUGAAGCCGUGCCAGGUUUCGGGCCUCCUGCGCCUGGACAAGGGCACCGAGCUGCACGCCGUCACGGGCCCGUCCUUCCGGCUGCACACGGUGGGCAACCCGUCGGCCUCGCCUCACGUCUUCAGCAUCUUCAAAGUCAACUGACGGUUCCCCGGGAAGCGGACGGCGGUCCCUCAAGACUUCCCCGAGGGCUCGGUUUUUGGGGAAAGCGGACAUUUUGCGGACGCCGUUUUGCCCGGCGACGCCGAUGGGAACUGGAAGCCGGAUCGUGCCGUAAACCGAGCGCCUGUGUUUGGACACUUCACAGAGUACAAACUGGGAAAAUGUUUGACAUCGUACAGAUGUGAAUUUCUUUUUUACUCUUUUUCUAACAUCAAAUUGGACUGUUUAAUCUUUUUUUUUGUGGGGGUUAGGGGAGUAGUCACUUCUUUCUUUUUGUUGCUAUUUUUGUCUGUCAAGUGCUAUCAAUCAAACCACAAGUAAUUGUUUUGCUCAUCAAGUGGAACAAAAGGGAAAGGAACAUCAAUGCAACUUUUGACAUUUCCUUUGGGCCACUAAAACAUGAAAAACACUGUGUUCCAAAACAUUAAGCAGAUGCAGUUCUGGCAUUUUUACUCAAUCAACUCAAUAGGGUUGAGGUCAGGGGUUCGGUUUUUUUUCCUCCCUUUAUACCCAAAACACAAAUGAGGCAUGAAACAUGCAUAAAAUGGUUAUGAAUUAAUGUUUGGAAUUGAAAAAAAGUUGUCUUUCCAGAAUAAAAUAUUUUUUCAAGGAAAAACAAUUCUCAAUCCGACGAGGAUUAAGUCAGAUUUUUUUAAAUUGUAUUUUUCAGAUAAGAAAGUAAUCCAUUUAUGAGAAUAAAGGCAGAUUUUUCAGAAAAAAGGCAGUUUUACAAGAAGUCUGAUUUUUUUUUGGGGGGGGGGGGAAUAAUGGCGCAAUCUAAGGAGAAUAGCCAGCCUCAUUUUACACAAAGAUCUUGUGAUUGUCAGCUUUAUUUUGAGAAAAACUCCUUUUUUUUCCAAGGAAAAAAAAAUGAGCAAUUUUGCAACAGUAAAAUAUAUACAUCAUAAUUGAGAAAAUGUCUUAAUCUUAAAAGUAUUUUUCCAGAAAAAAAGAGUUGAAUGAGAAUGAAGUCUUUUUUAAAAAAACAAAAAAAAAAGUCACAUUUAUGAAAAUAAUGUAUCGAGAAAAAAAUGAUCUUCACUGUCCAUUUUCCUAAAUCCUAUAUGCAUAAUAAUUUGGAACACAGUGUAAAUAUGAACCCAUCAUAACCCCCAAAAAGGAACAUUCCAAUCAUGUUUUCCAUGGCGAGUACGUUAAUGGAGAAUAAUCCGCUAGCAAGCUAGCGUACGACCUCGAGAGGGCCGCCGUUUCUCUUGCGCAACCCAAACAAGCGUGUUAUUUCCAGCCGUGGUUUUCCUUUGUUUAUAAGUAGUUUUUGUGGCCUCGCCGCAUCGCUCUGCCCAGGGCACUUGGGAUCCGUGCCGCGCGGCCCAAACCUUCCCAACAUGUUGCGAAAAGGAACAUGUCACCAUUUUUAUUCUCUUUUCAUUUCCUCGGCGUCCUCCUCGGGACAUUUUCGAGUAAGCCCCCCGCCGGCCCCCUCAUAUUUCCCCCCGUCAGCACACGCACUCGCACUAAAGCCGCCAUCUCCAUUUUCACUUCCUCAAUGUGAAGUUGGAACAUCUACAUUGCCACACACGCAUGCAAGCGCACCCACACUUCCUUGCUCUUAUUCCUAUUUUGAUAAAUGUCAAAGUUGACGCACGGAUACCUUGGGAGGAAGCGUAUGCAAAAGCCUGGAUGCUUUGCGUUAGGGGGACGCUAAAUAAAAAAAAAAAAAAAAAAAAAAGUUGAA